CUACCUAGGUAGGAUAGCGGGGUUACGUUCCUGCCCCACCCAACUGCGCUUGCACCCUGGAGGGGUUCAACGGUGCCUCCUUCCUACAUGUUCGAGAUGACGUGCAUAUGUGCUCUUACGUAGGUAUAUUGGCCUUCGAGUGCUUUGGACUUGUCUCUCAUCUCAGCACUGCUUCCCGAUCUGGAAGGUAGACAACAACUCCAUCACGACUAUGCCACUCCAACUCCAUCCAAUGACUGAGGAAGAUACGUUGUCCUGGACACGCGUGCGCGCACUCGCCUACUACGGUCCGACGCACGACCUCCUGCACACCGGCCCUAUCAGCGAAACAUCCAUGCAUGGCGUGGCUGAAGACCGUAAACGAGAGAUCAAGAAGCCAAAUGCGUGGCACUGGAAAGUCAUAGACACAGGCCUCGAGCCUAGUUCUGACGACCCACCUGAUAAUGGCGGACGCACAAUCGCCGUAUCAGUAUGGAGUAUGCACAACAUCUCAGCGAUCAAAGAAGAUGAGAACAACGAAGCACCUCCCAUUCUGGUCGAGAAAGCAGACAGUACGCCUGGUUUCCUGCCGCCAGAACUGCGUCUCAAGGCUCUGGGUUCGUUGCUCGGUCCUCUACGAGCCGCCCAGGCUGCCAUCAUGGGCACGUCGAGGCCGUACUUUAUGCUGAAUUCACUGGCUACGCAUCCGGAUCACCAGGGUCGGGGGGCGGCCAAGAUGAUGCUGGACUGGGGGAUGCAGAAGGCGGAUGAAGAGGGGCUGGUCACGUAUUUGGAUUCCACGAUGACUGGGAGGCCCGUGUAUGAGAGGAGGGGGUUUGCGCUGGUAAAGACACUUGAGUGGGAUCGGGUGCCUUGGGGAGGAGCAGGUAAGGACUGGCACGGAUGCAUGGUUCGACCAGCGAAAAGCGUAGAGACGUAGUUGUGUGUUGUGGAAAUCCAUAGUAGAGAUGAUAAUGCAGGGCCUCCAGGGCUACCACGUCGGUGGAUAGCCGGCUAGCCGCCCGAAGAGCCGUCGAGCGAAUGCGAACGCCCGGCUCGUGGGCUGUCAAACCCCGCAGCCUGCGCCCACGUUGCCGGGAAGCCAGCUGGUACGGUAGAGCCUGCAGAUGUCUUUACAGCUGGCCGUUGAAUUUCUCCAGUAGUCAGACCCUCGCAUAGAAUUCAUCGUGAGCCCGGCGGUGACGUAUUCACCUUCUCUCCAG